AACAGGAAUCAGUCACAAGACAAGCUUUAUCUGCUCGGCAAAGCCGUUGCAUCUUGAGGUUGCUCCCCGUGAGAAGUCUUUGUAGGGAGUACUGGUAGAGUGAUGAUUCAGAAGUACGUAGCACGCGCCCACAACUACUGCUACUAUUACUGAAUGUUGUUUUAUUUCAGUAUAUUUCCGAACUUAUUUUGUCAUUCCUGUGAGCUAUUAACUAUUAACGUUUAAUAUUAACGUUCUCGCCUUCGCUUGUAAAUCAGCGCGCUUUCGUCGCCCUCAUCUAGACGUACAUAAUCCUCGAUAUUGACGUACUUAUUCUCAAAUCACCUACCAGCUUCCCAGUUAUUGGGACUUAUUCGACAUAUUGCCACUAUCGAUUUAAGGCUUAAUGAGUAACGGCCUUAUCCUGGCUGGAUCUUCCAAUAAGGGCUGCUCCCGCGACUCCCGGAGCAGCGACGGAGUUGGCGCUGACGUCAGCAGCAACAGCAGCAGCCCCAGUGCCUCUCCUGCAGCCAAAUCCGCCAUUCGUCCGGCGGACGCGUCGACAUCUUCUUCCUUCUUUGACUCCUCACCACGCGCGCCGGAUUCUAUCUCUGACGCCUCACUGCCUUCUGCCCGUUUGGACACCCCGCCUCCUGCCCGCUCAUUCUUAAGCUUGCUACCUUUCGCCUCAUUAAGCUCGAAGCGCCAGCAGCAGCAGCAGUCGUCGUCUCGUGCCGUUGUGUCGGGCGUGGGAGGCUCGCUGCUCGAUUUGCUCGACGAGGGAUGGUUCUCCAGCAAUGUCGCCGCUUGGCCAAACGAUUACGAUUUAAGCACUAUCCAGGAAGCUGUUAACGAGACAGAAGAUGAUGAUAACGGGGAUGCGCUUCCGGGGGCUACGGUAGCGGGAAAGGUUGCGUGUGCGCACGCGGAACUAAGCGCGCCGAGUUCCGCCAGCAACGUCCGCGGCGUUGCAGAGGAUGCGGCAGUUGAAUGUGCUUCCGCGUCGGCGGACGACCAAACCGAACCAAACGGUGGGUCCAGGUCCGACAGCCCCGAGCCUGAUAUGGAAGGCAGCUUCGGAAAGUACCGGCGUCGCCGCGGCCGGUCGGGAAGCAGGCGCCGGCCGAAGCGCAGCAGCAGCCUCGACGCGGCGCGCAUGUCGAGACGCGUGUCGAUGCCUCCGCAUCCCCCGCUACCGGCGGACGAAGAGCAGCGGGAUCAAAUAGAGACUCGGAGCAACGACGGCGACUACUACGAGCGCACUGUUUCCCCGUAUGCGGCUUCUGGGCGGAGGGGAUACGCGGAGGGGCGGGGAAGCGGUGGAGAGCAUUUCUCCGCGUUCCACCCCUCUCCCCCUUUCCGCUGGUCAGGGCGCGGUACUGGGGCGGUGGAAGCGGAGAGUGGGGCGGGCUUCGGGGGUAGCGGAAGCGGAAGCGGAGGCGCGGGGAGGCCGCGGUAUUUGCGCACGCGGAGCGUGUCUGAUUAUGAGUCCGCGGAUUACGAGCCCAAUAGCUCGCUGCGGGAAGGCGCAUUCGAGGCGGAAGCGGAAGCGGGGGGGGGAGUCGGGCUCCCGCUGACGCCCUCCGCGCGUGCAAGAAGCCUAACAGAGGCUGACGUGGAGGAGCUGCGCGGGUUCAUGGAUCUGGGCUUUAAGUUCCGCCAGGCGGACAUGAGCGCGCGCAUGACGGCCACGCUCCCCGCGCUGCGCCUGUACCAGGCCGUGGGGAGCGUGCAGCAGAGACUCAUCUCCAGACACCACCAACAUCAUCACGGCCCUCUGUCUGCAACCGCUGGUGCCACUGGGCAGGGUGCAGGUGCUGAUUUGGCAGCUGGGAGCACGAGUCCUGGCAGGCUGUCUCCACCUGCUGGUGCUGCUCCUGGUGCUGCUGGGGACGGUGCUGCUGGUGUUGGUAGCAUCAGCGUGCCCGUGGGUGUUGGCAGCGGCACUUGCUCGCCACGCAUCUCGUCGUACACGGGGGAUUCCUUCGUUGUCUCCCACUCGCCCGAACCCCACGCCGUGCAGCGGGGCAGCUCCAUGCCAUCCUCCCCACGCCACAUCCCCUCCCUCGUCACUGGAAGCAGCAGCAGCAGCCAGAGGCACAGCCAGAGCCAGGGCCAGAGGGGGGUGAGCGGCAGCUGGGAUGCCGAGUCAUGGUCGUUUGCCAACCCACAGGAUCCCCCCUCGGAUGUCAAGACGCACCUCAGGCUCUGGGCGCAAGCCGUUGCCAGCACUGUCAGGCAGACCUGCUAGCUGUGCUCUUGAUGUGCUGCUGCUGCCACUGUUGGCCCUGGAACGAACGAGCGCUCUCGCUUGCUUCAGGGUUAGGGUCUAGAAGAUGCGGAUGGCGCAGGGAUUCUGCAGUGAGGAAAAAAAUGUUCUGAAAAUUAAGAUUGUGACGGUGGCAUAGCAUUUCACUUGCAAUGCUGGUUGGACGGGUUUGUCAACUUAUACAUAUUAUCUAUGUAGAAGUUAUAGGCUAGACUGAGGUAUGCUUCUAGUGAGUACAACCAACUAGUAUUUGUUCUAGGUUUCCACCUCU